AUGAGCCGCAGGUUCACUGUCACCUCAUUGCCUCCCGCGGCGCCCGCCGGGACCUGUGACUUAGAGUCCCACCCGCAUUCGGCAGCCUGUCUCCGCCACCUCUCAGGGGAAGACGCCAAAGGUGAUGGCAACCCCAAGGAGAGCAGCCCCUUCAUCAACAGCACUGACACAGAGAAGGGAAGGGAGUACGAUGGCAAGAACAUGGCCCUGUUUGAGGAGGAGAUGGACACCAGCCCCAUGGUGUCCUCCCUGCUCAGUGGCCUGGCCAACUACACCAACCUGCCCCAGGGAAGUAGGGAGCAUGAAGAGGCAGAAAACAAUGAGGGUGGAAAAAAGAAGCCAGUGCAGGCCCCACGCAUGGGCACCUUCAUGGGCGUGUACCUCCCGUGCCUGCAGAACAUCUUCGGUGUCAUUCUCUUCCUGCGACUCACGUGGGUGGUGGGCAUUGCAGGCAUCAUGGAGGCCUUCUGCAUGGUCUUCAUCUGCUGCUCCUGUACAAUGCUCACGGCCAUCUCCAUGAGUGCAAUUGCAACCAAUGGUGUUGUACCUGCGGGCGGCUCCUACUACAUGAUUUCCAGGUCUCUGGGCCCGGAGUUUGGGGGCGCCGUGGGCCUUUGCUUCUACCUGGGCACUACCUUUGCUGGGGCCAUGUACAUCCUGGGCACCAUCGAAAUCCUGCUGGCUUACCUCUUCCCAGCUAUGGCCAUUUUUAAGGCAGAAGAUGCCAGUGGGGAGGCAGCAGCUAUGUUGAACAAUAUGCGUGUGUAUGGCACCUGUGUGCUCACUUGCAUGGCCACUGUGGUAUUUGUGGGCGUCAAGUAUGUCAACAAGUUUGCCCUUGUCUUCCUGGGUUGUGUCAUCCUCUCCAUCCUGGCCAUCUAUGCCGGGGUCAUCAAAUCUGCCUUCGACCCACCCAACUUCCCGAUCUGCCUCCUGGGGAACCGCACACUGUCUCGCCAUGGCUUUGAUGUCUGUGCCAAGCUGGCUUGGGAAGGAAAUGAGACGGUGACCACACGGCUCUGGGGCCUUUUCUGUUCCUCCCGUUUCCUCAACGCCACCUGUGAUGAGUACUUCACCCGAAACAAUGUCACGGAGAUCCAGGGCAUCCCUGGCGCUGCCAGUGGCCUCAUCAAAGAGAACCUCUGGAGCUCCUACUUGACCAAAGGGGUGAUUGUGGAGAGGCGUGGCAUGCCCUCGGUGGGCCUGGCAGAGGGCACCCCUGUCGACAUGGACCAUCCUUAUGUCUUCAGCGAUAUGACCUCCUACUUCACCCUGCUGGUUGGCAUCUACUUCCCCUCAGUCACAGGGAUCAUGGCUGGUUCUAACCGCUCUGGGGACCUACGGGAUGCCCAGAAGUCAAUUCCCACUGGCACCAUUCUGGCCAUUGCCACCACUUCUGCUGUCUAUAUCAGCUCCGUUGUUCUGUUUGGGGCCUGCAUUGAAGGAGUCGUCCUGCGGGACAAGUUUGGUGAAGCUGUGAAUGGCAAUCUGGUGGUGGGCACACUGGCCUGGCCGUCCCCCUGGGUCAUUGUCAUCGGAUCCUUCUUCUCCACCUGUGGGGCUGGGCUGCAGAGCCUCACGGGGGCCCCACGCCUGCUGCAGGCCAUCUCCCGGGAUGGCAUAGUGCCCUUCCUGCAGGUCUUUGGCCAUGGCAAAGCAAAUGGAGAGCCAACGUGGGCCUUGCUCCUGACUGCCUGCAUCUGCGAGAUCGGCAUCCUCAUUGCAUCCCUCGACGAGGUCGCCCCCAUCCUCUCUAUGUUCUUCCUGAUGUGCUACAUGUUUGUGAACCUGGCCUGUGCAGUGCAGACGCUGCUGAGGACACCCAACUGGAGGCCACGCUUUCGCUAUUACCACUGGACACUCUCCUUCCUGGGCAUGAGCCUCUGCCUGGCCCUCAUGUUUAUCUGCUCCUGGUAUUAUGCGCUGGUGGCCAUGCUCAUUGCUGGCCUUAUCUACAAGUAUAUCGAGUACCGUGGGGCUGAGAAGGAGUGGGGCGACGGGAUCCGAGGCCUGUCCCUCAGUGCAGCACGCUACGCCCUCUUACGCCUGGAGGAAGGGCCCCCACAUACCAAGAACUGGAGGCCACAGCUGCUGGUGCUGGUGCGCGUGGACCAAGACCAGAACGUGGUACACCCACAGCUUCUCUCACUGACCUCCCAGCUCAAGGCGGGGAAGGGCCUGACCAUUGUGGGCUCUGUCCUGGAGGGCACCUUUCUGGACAACCAUCCUCAGGCCCAGCGGGCAGAGGAGUCCAUCCGGCGCCUGAUGGAGGCAGAGAAAGUGAAGGGCUUCUGCCAGGUGGUGAUUUCCUCCAAUCUGCGUGACGGUGUGUCACACCUGAUUCAGUCUGGGGGCCUCGGGGGCCUGCAGCACAACACCGUGCUGGUCGGCUGGCCCCGCAACUGGCGGCAGAAGGAAGAUCAUCAGACGUGGAGAAACUUCAUUGAGCUGGUCCGGGAAACCACAGCUGGUCACCUGGCCCUGCUGGUCACCAAGAACGUUUCCAUGUUCCCUGGGAACCCUGAGCGCUUCUCUGAGGGCAGCAUCGACGUCUGGUGGAUCGUUCAUGAUGGUGGCAUGCUGAUGCUGUUGCCCUUCCUGCUGCGGCACCACAAGGUCUGGCGGAAGUGCAAGAUGCGUAUCUUCACGGUGGCCCAGAUGGACGACAAUAGCAUCCAGAUGAAGAAGGACCUGACUACCUUUCUGUACCACUUACGUAUCACCGCGGAGGUCGAGGUGGUGGAGAUGCACGAGAGUGACAUCUCGGCUUACACCUACGAGAAGACACUGGUGAUGGAACAGCGUUCCCAGAUCCUCAAACAGAUGCAUUUAACCAAGAAUGAGCGCGAGCGGGAGAUCCAGAGUAUCACAGAUGAGUCUCGUGGCUCAAUCCGGAGAAAGAAUCCAGCCAACACUCGGCUCCGCCUCAACGUCCCAGAAGAGACAGCUGGUGACAGUGAGGAGAAGCCAGAGGAGGAGGUGCAGCUGAUCCAUGACCAGAGCGCUCCCAGCUGCCCCAGCAGCUCUCCAUCCCCGGGGGAGGAGCCCGAGGGGGAGGGCGAGGCAGAUCCUGAGAAGGUGCAUCUCACCUGGACCAAGGACAAGUCGGUGGCAGAGAAGAAUAAGGGCCCCAGUCCCGUCUCCUCCGAGGGCAUCAAGGACUUCUUCAGCAUGAAGCCGGAGUGGGAGAAUUUGAACCAGUCCAACGUGCGGCGUAUGCACACGGCCGUGCGGCUGAACGAGGUCAUCGUGAAGAAAUCCCGGGAUGCCAAGCUGGUUUUGCUCAACAUGCCUGGACCUCCGCGCAACCGCAACGGUGACGAAAACUACAUGGAGUUCCUCGAGGUCCUCACCGAGCACCUGGACCGGGUGAUGCUGGUCCGCGGCGGCGGCCGCGAGGUCAUCACCAUCUACUCCUGA